AUGGAGGAAACAUCGGGAUCUAAGGAAGUUGCAAUCAUCAACAAACCUUCUGGUUGUGUUGUUGCUUCAGGGGAGAGAAGACCUGCAACUGUCCCAAAGGGACCAAACUUCCAUAGCAUUCACGUCCCUAAGAGCUGUACAAAGAGACUGAAAUCACGAGUCUGA